UAUGCGCGUGUGUGCGCGCGGGAGCCGGCAGAGUCGAGCGAGACGCCGAGGCGGGCGAACUGCACGCCAAUGAGCGCGCGAGCCUCCGCCUUCCACUUCAGCCCAGUGGCCCACCAGCGCGAGGAGCGGGAGGCAGCCAGCGGCCGCGCGGGCGACUGACGGGGCCAGCGAGUCAGAGCAGAGAGGGAGAGAGAGAGGGAGAGACCGCGGCGGGACGCCAUGGCUCCACACGCGGCUCCGGCUGCGCCGCCGCCGCCGCGGCUGCAGCCGCUGCUGCUGCUGCUGCUGCUGUGGAGUGUAGCGCCACAAACACUGGGCUCCACCGGAACCACCAGCAACCAAGUGAACCUCCUGGACACCACGACCUUCACGGGAGACUGGGGCUGGCUCACCUACCCGUCUCAUGGGUGGGACGCCAUCAAUGAGAUGGACGAGUACUUCACUGCCAUCCACACGUACCAGGUGUGCAACGUGAUGAGCCCCAGUCAGAACAACUGGCUGAGGACCAGCUGGAUCGCUCGAGAGGGAGCCCGCAGGAUCUACAUCGAGGUCAAGUUCACGCUCAGAGACUGCAACAGCAUGCCUGGCGUGCUGGGCACCUGCAAGGAAACCUUUAACCUGUACUACUACGAGUCUGACCGCGCUGUGGGCACCACCAUACGCGAGAACCAGUUCAUAAAGAUUGACACCAUAGCAGCUGAUGAGAGCUUCACGGGUGUGGACCUGGGAGUCCGGCGGCUCAAGCUCAACACAGAGGUACGAGGAGUGGGUCCUCUAAACAGACGUGGCUUCUAUUUGGCCUUCCAGGACAUUGGUGCCUGCAUCGCUCUCAUCUCGGUGAGAGUCUACUACAAACGUUGCGUAGGCGUAAGCAGAAACCUGGCUGUCUUCACUGAUGUAGUAACUGGUGCUGACUCAUCAUCCCUGGUGGAGGUCAGAGGUCAGUGUGUGGAUCAUGCUGAGGAGAGGGACACUCCAAAGAUGUACUGCAGCGCUGAGGGCGAGUGGCUAGUGCCCAUCGGCAGGUGUGUGUGUUCCGCCGGCUUCGAGGAGCAUCGAGACGCCUGCAUCGCCUGUGAGAUCGGCUUCUACAAGCCAGUGGCGGGCGACGGCCCCUGCGGCAAAUGUCCCCAGCACAGCCACUCGGAGGCCAGAGCCGCGCUCGCCUGCCCCUGCGACGCCAACUACUACCGAGCGGCCGACGACCCCUCAGCAGCGCCGUGCUCCCGCCCUCCCUCCGCUCCUGUCAACGUCAUUUCUUCCGUCAAUGGAACGUCUGUCAACCUGGAGUGGGAGCGUCCGCUGGACACGGGAGGUCGCAGCGACCUGCUCUACAGCGUCCUGUGUCAGAAGUGCUCCAAGGAGGGGGCGCCCUGCGAGGACUGCCUCUCCUCACCGGGGAGCACAGGCGGAGCUAAGUCAGGGGGCGGAGCCGUCUUCGGGGUUGGGGCAGGCGGACUCGUGGAGCGCUCUGGUUCCCUGGCCGUCCGAUUCAUCCCCCGGCAAACUGGACUGACUGAGCCCUGGGUGACCGUCCUCAACCUGGUGGCACACACCAACUACUCCUUCAGAAUCCUCUCCACCAAUGCAGUGAGUCACCUGAGCGCCCAGCCGUCGCCUUACAGUGUGGUCAACAUCACCACCAACCAAGCAGCUCCAUCAGAAGUGCUGGCCAUUCACCAGGAGAACACCAGUCAGAACAGUGUGACCCUGCAGUGGCAUGAACCGGACCAGCCCAAUGGAGUCAUCCUGGAGUACGACAUCAAAUAUUACGAGAAGGACAAUGAGGAGCACAGUUACUCCACUCUCAAGUCCAAGAACACCUCGGCCGUCGUGGCCGGGCUGAAGCCCGGCACCAAGUACAUCUUCCAGGUCCGAGCCCGCACCUCGGCCGGCUGCGGCCGCUUCAGCCAGAAUGUGGAGAUUCAGACUGGGAAAGCAGUUCCUGUGCGGCACAAAACCAUGACCAUCGUGUGGAUCUGCCUGGCGCUGGUGUCGGCUCUGGUGGCCUUCCUGGCCCUCGUCGUCUGCAGGAAACGGCAAGGCUACACAUUACCACACUACCCAUCUCUGCUGCACUGUGGCUACAGCAAGGCAUUCCAAGACUCGGAUGAGGAGAAGAUGCACUACCAGAACGGCCACGUGUCUUUCCCGGAGACGAGGUUCUACAUCGAGCCGCACACGUACGAGGACCCGUGCACGGCGGUGCACGAGUUCGCCAGAGAAAUUGAAGCUUCUCGGAUCAAAAUAGAGAAAAUCAUCGGCUCAGGGGAGUUUGGAGAGGUGUGUUACGGACGCAUGAAGCUUCCUGGGAAACGCGACAUUCCCGUGGCACUGAAGACCCUGAAGGCAGGAUACACCGAGAAGCAGAAGAGGGACUUCCUGGCCGAAGCCUCCAUCAUGGCCCAGUUCGACCAUCCCAACGUCAUCCACAUGGAAGGAGUGGUCACACACAGCAAGCCAGUGAUGAUCAUCACCGAGUACAUGGAGAACGGCUCCCUGGACACCUUCCUGAGGAGACACGACGGUCAGUUCACGGUCAUCCAGCUGGUGGGGCUGCUGCGGGGCAUCGCGGCCGGCAUGACCUACUUGUCGGACCUGGGCUACAUCCAUCGAGACCUGGCCGCCCGCAACAUUCUGGUCAACAGCAACUUGGUGUGUAAAGUGUCCGACUUCGGCCUUUCCAGAGUGUUGGAGGACGAUCCGGACGCCGCCUACACCACCACGGGCGGGAAGAUACCGAUCCGCUGGACCGCUCCUGAGGCCAUCGCUUACAGGAAGUUCUCCUCCUCCAGUGACGUGUGGAGCUACGGGGUGGUGAUGUGGGAGGUGAUGUCCUACGGAGAGCGGCCGUACUGGAACCUGACCAACAGAGACGUGAUCAAGUCGGUGGAGGAGGGCUACCGGCUGCCGGCGCCGAUGGGCUGCCCCGCCUCGCUGCACACGCUGAUGCUGGACUGCUGGCAGAAGGAUCGCAGCGAGCGGCCGCGCUUCUGCCAGAUCGUCACCGUCCUGGACAAGCUAAUCCGCAACCCUGACAACCUGAAGUCCCUGGAUCCUUUUGGCAGCUUAAACAGCCCCAGGAUGGAACCAGCGGUUCCUGACUUCAGCAGCUGCCACUCCGUGGACGACUGGCUGGACACCAUCAAGAUGGGCCGCUACAAGGACCACUUUGCUGCUGGAGGCUACCACACCCUGGGCCACGUGGUCUCCAUGAACCAAGGAGACAUCCAGAGGCUGGGGGUGACACUCAUGGGUCAUCAGAAGAAGAUUAUGACCAGCGUCCAGCUGAUGAGAGCCCAGCUGCUCAACAAGAGCGUGCCCUCCGUGCAUGUAUAGAAGAGGGGCGGAGUCCCGGGCGGGCGGGCGGAUCCAAGUCAUGGUGCAAACCUUCUCACACAGAACCUCAGAACCACACCUGAACUCUAUGGAGCAAGUCCACGACCAUUUCUCUUCCUUUCUGACGUCAUGUUCGCGCUUGUUUUCCGACAAAAUGGCCGCCUUAAUAAGCACAAAUUUGUUGUGGAAAGAGAGAAGACGAAGCAUCCGUCACACUUUCGCAGGAGGGUGGGGCUCAUCUGCCGGUCCUCUCCAACCUUCUCCUUCACACCGCCCCCUUGGACACCCCACCCGCCACACACACACACACACACACAGGGGUCGGAGCCUUCUGUGUGUGACCUCCACACUUUGUUACUGAAGUCUCACACACGUCCUCACAGACACCAGUGGAAGCACAAACCUUCCAUCAUGUACAAUACUUGGUAUGCAGUAACAAACUGUAGAGCGCUAAAACGUCUUCAAUGGCUCUUUGAUAUUGUGUGAUAGCGACUUAGCAGUAAAUAUAUAUUUAAAACCUGAUAUUAAAAUUAACUAUUUAAAAAGAAAUCUAGGUCAGUUUUAUACGUAAAUUAAGAAUAACCCCUGAAAUGAUAGAGUUCUAACUUGCCAAGAUCCGAACGAUUGUUUACACCAGACACUGCCCUCACCCUGAUGACCUUGGCCAAGGUCACGGUCAUAUUGAGCAAUAAGCAGACGCCCAGCUCAACGGAUGCCGAGCACAUUUUUGUUGGAUGUAGAAAUUCACCGUUUUGAUAUGAAAAGUGCUGCUUUCAUGCACAAUGGUCCUGACAGUGAUACGGCGAUCGACACACAUGUAGGUGUGAGCAGCUCCAUCCAGACACGAGUGAGACCAGACAUGGCCGUCUCCAUCUCUUGGCACGUCGUCGGCAGCUGGUCUGUGCAGGCCAGACCUGAGGAGGAAGCACACCACCACCGCCACCAUCAUCAUCAUCAUCAUCAUCAUCACAGUGUGGAGCAGAGAAUGAUGAGUUGUUGCCUACCAGCUUCACCCAGCUCCUCCGCACUUCAUCUGUUGGGGACUUUUAUUGAUACCGGGAAGUUGUGUUGGUGUUUGACUGGUCUGAUGGAGGAACACAUGAAGUGUAGGUGACAGGAAGCGGCCGCAGGAGCAACGUGUCUCAUCAUGAACCUGUAAUCCAGAGGCGCAUCACAGGACGUGCACGCUGGAGGAGAGUCCCAUGAAGCUUAGGUCAGAUGUUUGGCUGCACAUCAUCACUGUUUUUCUGCCGCCUGCUGUUGAGACGGUGUCAGUGGCAGCACAGACACAAGUGAGUGUGGAGUGUGUUGGGAACCCAGUCUGGUCCAGUGGAGCCCACACACGACUCAGUUCUUGGUUCUGGCUUCAAGCUUCAGGCACCAGUGUGGAGCCUGUUUGAGAGUUGACUCCAGGUUUUUAACUUCAUUCGCUUUAUUUUGGUGAUGUUUUCUGGAGAGUCACAAGGGAGAAGGACACAAGAAAACAUCUGAGGCUCCGCCUCCAGACUGGGUGGGCACUGCGUUUAUGCAAGGCUUGGCUGUAGAGCGCCGAAAAGUUGCCAUCAGCAGAACUGAGAGAUGAAGGGGCUUUGACUUGAAACCACGCCGUCAUGGCUGGAUCUGCUGACAAGUCAGUCUCAUGAAACCCACACCGAGUCUCAGACUCACUGAGAGGUCUUGGUGUUGAAAGGACAGUGAGCCAGAGCUGCGCCUCCUGGUGUUCAGACACACAUGAAGACCGUUGAAGGAUCCCAGAGAGACUGUUGGACCUCUCCCAGCUCCAACAGUGCAGAAGAACGACCUUAUUUAUGUGUGUAUUUAUUUUUGAACGGUGGAAACAACCCUCACUGUCAGCACCAUGGUUGAGUGAGAUGUUUACCACUGACUCUCUGAAAAGAUCCUGUACAAUAAAACUUCUGGUGCUGCAACCAUCAGAGACAGCAAGGCUUCGUUCAAACAUGAGGGAGUCCUCCAGUCCCAGAGCUCAAAGAAGCACAUUGGGUGAAAGCCUCACGUCAGCAGGGUUGGAUCGAAUAUCCUCCAGUAACUCAGGUUUAGCGCGGUGGGCGGAGCCUCCUCUUGUAUCGUAGGGCAGUUGGGUUGGUGCUGUCCAUGUAAACGCAGCGCUCCCACACGUCAGGCCAGGCCCUCCUCCGUCCAAGCCUCCAGCUGAGAAGAUGAAGGACAAGAGCUUAGCGACUGAUGUGAAUGUGACCAUGCUUCAACUCUAGAACCCAUCAUCCACUGAAGGUGUCUGAGACGCUGCGCUGAGCAGCUCAAAGCAUAGAGCCGGGUCACUGGUGCCACAUGGUGGUGAUGUGUAAAUGAGGCAUCAUGAAGCAUUUAGACACAACGACACACCGUGUUGAUGCUGCCUCGCUCAACACUGACACCUGCUGGACAGUAAACUGACUCGACAGACUGAGCUGACGCUGACCUGAGGACCUGCUGUCGACAAUAACAUCACUGAAGUCUCUGCAUUCAUUCCACAUCUUUAGACCAUGACAACAUCAUGUGAAAAACCUAUUUUUUUUAUUAAAAAAAUUCCAUUGUUUUAAAAUCUUCUAAAUGAAAUUAUACCUUGAAAUUAAUUUCAAUCGGAUUGGAACAAGACAGGUCGAAAAUGUGAGACAAACUGGGUAAAGAUCUCUCCGACAGGAGAUGAAGAUGGUCCCACGCGGCGACCGACCGCUGGCGUUUCCCUUGGAGCUGCUCACAAGAUCCACACAGACGUUCACAAGGAGCCGUGACGUUAAGUUCUUCCAGCAGUUUCAGCCUGUUGACAGAUGUGCUUCCUUAGAAACAGCGCAAGUCCACCUAGUCAGGUGACUGUCUGAACGCGCACCGACGCGGGGAUUGCUCAGUGAGCUCGGAGCGCGCGCCGCUCAUCGGUGUUGUGGGACCCAUCACAACCUCGUGGUCCUCGGAACUCCUGCCCAGGAUCCGUGUACAGUGCAAGGAGAUUAGAUUGGCCAGAACCCGCAGUGCGUGACGUCGAGUUUGAUGGAUCCGGACGUCACUGUCUGAGCGAGGCCACAUCCACACGACCACCCACCUGAUGCAAGAGCUUUGACUCCCGUCUGGCUCUGGAUCAUGGGCUACAGCGUCCUCGCUUCCUCUGCAUCACAGUUUCCAGAAUGUGAGACUCAGCGCUUGUCGAUUUUUCUUCCCCAGUUGUUCAGGGGGUCAGUAGAGACAUGGGUUCACUGUCUUGUCAGCAGCCCCAACAGAGUCACGUCACCUCAUGAGGCGGCGACACAGGCCCCUUCCAUCCAACAGCAUGAAAAUGUUCAUCGACUUCAGCCACGGCAAAACUCAUCCAUUGAAAAAGAAUGAAAUUCUGUGGAAUGAUUCUGUGAGGAAAUGUAAAGAGAAACAGAGAGAAACAAAGUGAAUUUAGCAGAAAUGUGAAUGAAAAACGUGACAGACAUAUGUAUAAAACUGUUAGAUGUAAAUAAAUAAUCAAACACGUUUGCCGCAAGUUCAAUGAAACUUGAAGCAGUGGAACAAACUUCACAUCGGAUGGUUAAACAGUGCUGUGAUGGGGAAUGAAGGAAUGAUGGAGCUGUGCUGUUGCUGCCGUUUGAAGAGGCAAACCUGAGCAACUGUUUGUUUCUUCCUGACAAAGGGACUUGUAGAAGAGGUGAAGGGCUGCUGUGACGGACGGGUGGGUGUGGCCUCGGUGGGGACUGAACCUCUGAGCUGAUCCGCUGGUUCUGACUCACAACUUUGUAAAUGCUCUUCCGACUGACUGCGUUCCAACACUCUGGACUGGACAUGAUUUUCUAACGUUUGGAUGCGUUGUUUUGCUAGAGAGUUGAUUUGUAACGUCUGAAGAAGCUUUAGUCACGGAGAAUGUUUGGCAUUUUAUUUAUUCAUUCCUUCUGCUGAGGUGCUCAUGCAGGCGACGCGUCGUCAUCAUUGAUACUGAGAAAUCUUCAUGUCCAAAACUGUCAAUAAAUUCACA